UACUGUAGCUCCCCUAGCGUACCUUCGGCACGGUAGACGAGCCGGUUCCCUGUCUCACCCCCCUCCUCUCCCCUCAACCAAGGACGAAGGAGAUCCAGUCCUCUCCCCGCGCGGCAACCCUUCCUCCCACCCACCGCCGACCUCGCCGUGCUCCUCACCCAACGCCCACCUCGUCCCUCCCUCCCCUAACCAUCUCUCCCUACCCUCCGCCUCGAUCCCCCAGAUCCAAUCGACACAACCCAGCCGCCCCCGCACCCAGUACUGUCCACCAUGGCCGCCUCCUCCUCGCUCCGGAUCCCCGCACCAACCCACCACCCCGCCGUGGGGGUGCGUCCGCGGCGGCUGCCCUUCCACGCCGUCUCCGUCCGCCCCCGCCGCUCCGCAGUCUCCUCCCUCUCCGCCUCCUGCCGGUCUCCGUCUACUUUGAAUGAAUUGAUUGAUCGUGCGUGUGGUGUGGUGUGGCAGUUACAUGACGAGCCCGGAGCUGGACGACGGCGCGGUCGAGAAGGAGCCGGCGGCAGCAUCGCGCGAUGGCGCGAUGACGAGUCCUCUUUUCCUUGGUGCGUCGAGCGGGAUCGGCGCGGAGAUGGCGCGCGGCGCCCACGUCGUCAUGGCCGUCCGCAACCUCGCCGCCGCAGAGGCCGUUCGCCAGGCCGUCCUCGCCGAGACCCCCGGCGCGAGCGUGGAGGUGAUGGAGCUGGACCUCUCCUCGUUGGCAUCUGUCCGCAAGUUCGCCGCCGACUUUGCCGCCAGUGGCCUCCCGCUCAACAUCCUCAUUCAGGGGUUGUCAAGACGAGGUUCAGGUUCAGGCCCAUUGCGAUUUCUUGGGACCAGUCAUUCAGCUUCAGGUUCAAGUUCAGAUCAUGGUGUACCAGCUUUGCAAGGGCAUUGCUUUUUGCCACGGACGCGGUGUCCGGCACCAUGACCUUGAGCCACACAACCUGCAAAUUGGUGGACAGAUGCUGGCCUUUCAUGUUUCUUCACGAGCUUCAAGACAAAGAAGUUGGAAGAAGCUAGUUGGAGCUAGUUCUGGGAGUAAUGAAACCCUUUAGGCUGAUCCUAUUUGUAUGUGUGAUGUAGCAGAACUUGUAGGGCUCAUGUGAUAGAGCUGUUAUAUAAUUUGUAUGUGGUAGACUGUACACUUGUAGAGCUGUUAUCUAAUUGUAAACUUGAUGCUGAUCACAUUUGUAUGUAUGUUAUCUGAUAUAGUAGAUUGCUUCUUGCUGUUAUUUGAA